GUAUACGAGUAUGUGUUUGUAUGCAUACAAACAUGUUCUUUAUAAUUUAUCUAGCAAUCAGUCAUGCUUCAGUUCAAUACCUUGCAUGUUAGACUAAAAUCACUGUCCAUCAUUUCUUAAUUAUAUAUUUACGCACCACUUGUUACCAGCAACCGUUACUUUAUACCCAGGCAAUAACGUUCGUGACAAUGACAGAAUUAAUUCCAACUCAAAAGCCAAUUUUUAUCACUUUAAUUGGUGAUUUUUAAGAAAAUAUCCUUGAGCCGUUGAAUAGAUAUCCAUGUUUCCUACAAUUGUUUCUAAUAUGGUAUAUGCGUGGUGUAUUCAAAAAAUAACGGGAAUCGUAAAAUUUCAAAAUUAACGAGUUUGGAGAGUUCAAUCGUAAUUUUUUUUAUUUUGUAGCUAUAGCCCCCUGAGGUUCGGUAUAAUUUUCAGGUGUGUUCAUUGCUUACUUUGUCUAUAGUUUAUAUAAGCAUGGCGAUUUUCGUUUGCUAAAUGCUCACACUUCGUUGAUUGUUCGUGAAUUUUUUGCCAAAAGAAAUACUGUAAUGAGGCCAUCCCAAAAAUCUAGUUUGAGAAGUGUUUCGAUGACGAUUGAAAGUAGCACUGUCACAAUUCCAUAUUAUCGAAUGGGGACUAUUUUGAGGCGAGAAUAUUAAAGUAGACGGAUGAAUAAAUAUUUUUUUCAAAAAGCGUUAUUUUUUUAACACACCCCGUACAACUCAAUUUGUUUCAACAAAUCACACACACAUACAUAUGUAUGUCAAAAGUAGUAUUGUAUGUAAAUCAAUGGAUAUGUUUAACUGUAAGAGUCACGACACUUAAAAUAUUAUCUAAACAAAAAAUACGAUCAGGUUCAUAUCAAAUGAAUUCUGUGCUAGUUCCAGUUCAAUUACUAUGAAUCAAUGAAUUUCGCAAUCAAUUUGCACCUGCAAUAAUUUGCGUAUUAUGACUUGAGCAGAAAAAGCUCCUAUGUUCACAAUCCAAAGAUUUGAGAGAUGGAAGGAUGUUCAGAAUUGAGCAGUUCAAAUGAUACCUGAAAAACACUUCAAAUAUAUUAAUGUAAAUGUAAAUACGCCGUGCUCUAACUCGAUUGAACUUGAUGAAAAAUAUACACGAAAAAGUUAAAUUGUCUUGAGUUACAGCUUUUUUAAUGUCAACCCACAUUAUGCCUUUGUACACAGGUCGCAAAUACAUACCCAAAUAUAUAUGUACUUGUAAAUCACGCGAAUUUCAGGCUAAUUUUGACUUUGGGAGUGUUUUCUUCCACAAGUGGAUAAUGGAGAUACAUCAUACAUAUGUAGAUGUAAGUAUGUAUGCAUGCACAUCUAAUAGUGUUUGCUUUAAGAACUGAUUCGUGCUCAGUGCAGACGGUGCGUUUAUCUUAGUAAGAAGAGAUAUAACAGCUCAGUACUCGAUUGAAUUUACUAGCGAUAAGAACGCAAAUCCUCGCCAGAUUGUCUGAUAAAAGGCAACAACACCUACGUUAAGUAAAUGUAAGUUCUGCCAACCAACUUAUUCAGCUAAAAGUCGAUUUUUCGCGUAAAAAUAGUUAACCGAGUGUCGAACGAUCGGUUCGACAAUAUUUGCUGCAUAUAAGGUAAAUUGAUCCAUUUCGGAGUCGCCGUCGAGCAUCGAUUGCCCCUCUACCCGCCUUGCGUUUGAAUAGUAAGGAGAUGCUUGCGAGUGACUUCGACACCCACAGUGUGGCCAGCAACCAAGCGUCUAUCACGAGCGUUAAUUCAUUGGCGAGUUUACUCCGAGAAAAAAUGAAUGCAUUCCCGCAAAUGAUCCGCAAGAAGAAACGUGAAACCAAGGACUAUAAAAUAAAGAUUUUCGUCACAAUACUAUUUUUCAUCAUUGUCUUCUUGAUUGGAUACUCUUAUAUAACUUACCAUCGGGAGAUUUUAACGCGCUCGUAUUUUGAAAAGAUCAAAUUCAGCUCAAGGGAUCGUACUUUCAGUAUUUUGAGUCACGAAGACAAGGAGGUGAUAACCGGAAAGUUGGGCCUCUCCAUCAGUCAGGACAGCGUACCUUUUUAUUGUCUGGAAGAUCAACGGAAAAAUGAUGGCAGUGUUUGUUUGGAAUGGAAUGGCAUAGCUCGGCUGUAUAUGAGUUUCCAAAAUAUGAAUGUAUUCCGCUGCUAUAACAUCCAGUGGCAAGCGUUGGGUUCGGGAAUUUAUCCAACGGAUUGUUAUGAGUUGAAAAGGGAUAACGGACUAUGGUUUGGUGGUAGUUUUACAAAGGGCAUGGAGUGGUCCUUAAGUUCGGCAAACUUCGACUAUGCGCCGUUCGGUAGUGGUGAUGGUAAGGUCCAUCAGUUCGGCAACGGUGUAAAGCGUUAUUUCAUAAAUUCGAUUGGUGUGGCAAUGCAAGUGGACGAACGCACACCUUUACAUAUCUCUGUCAAUCAAACAGAGAAUAGAUUAUGCUUUCGUGCGCGCAAUGACAACUUCACUUUCGUCAAUCAUCUAACGGAAUAUCCAGAGCUUACGUAUAAAAUUUGCACAACGGAAGACAUGCGUAGCCUACAUAUGUUGAUGACACAACAAAGUCUAUGGGAUGGUCUGAAGGAAUCUGAUAUCUAUACUCUUCAUUCGCUGAUUGAAGAACCCGUUUGGAAAAUACCGUUUCAAAGCGAAGUGACGUCGAUUAACGAAACAACUAUAUACAAUUAUUCUGAGGAUGUGAUCGCGAUGGGCUUCAUGCGUUUGGGUCACAUUUUGGUAAAUGAAUUCUGGCAAAGGAAUAUUGGUGAUUUCGUUGUUGACCAAGAACGCUUCCCCACCCUCAAGGACACAAUCGAGGUGCUCCAUCGACGAGGUUUUAAAGUUGUUUUCACUAUACAGCCAUUUAUCAGUACAGACAGUCCGAAUUUCAAAGACGCCGUUAAGAACAAAUUACUCAUCUAUGAACGCCACUCGGACAGAAGUAUUCCGGCGCUUACACGUUACAAGAGUUCUUCCAGUGCCGGAGUGUUGGAUAUUACGAAUAACGCUUCGAUACCAUGGUUACUGAGUAAAUUGGAAAAGCUAAAAGAAGAAUAUCAAGUGGAUAGUUUUUAUUUGGAUCUCGGUACAAGCUACAAUCUACCGCAUUAUUAUCAGUGCCGAACGACUCUGGACAAUCCCGAUAUGUAUGCCAAAAUUUUUACAAGCAGUAUGGAGAGUGUUGGCUUUAUUGGCGUUUCCAGUGCAAGUGCUGUCCCAAGGCCUCCAACAUUCCUCAGCACACCACCUAUUAAUUCUUCGUGGGAGGGUUUGCGUGAAUUGUUAACCGUUGUUUUGAACAACGGCAUUAAUGGCUAUCCGUUCGUUUUACCAGGUGCUAUUGGUGGCGACUAUUAUGUUAAUCGCACUUUAAAGAAAAUGGUGUCUUUCUACUCUCUGGGCCAGCCAGAACUCGUCGAACAGGACCUUUUUAUUCGUUGGAUGCAAUUAAUGACUUUUAUGCCAUCCAUGCAAUUCAGCCAUUUGCCAUCCGAAUACAAAAGCGAUUACAUAACUGAUCAGGCUAAGGAACUGAUGUCCAUACGACAAAAAAUUGUUAUACCGUUAUUGAAGAAAUAUCUAAGCGAGUCAAUGAACGAAGGAUUGCCAUUAGUGCGGCCACUAUGGAUGCUAGAUCCCCAUGAUCCAGCCUGCUUACUUGUAAAUGACGAAUUCUCUGUAGGAGAAGAAUUGAUCGUGGCUCCAAUUUUGGAAAAAGAUUCGGAUGAACGUGAAGUUUACUUACCUCAAGGCGUUUGGAAGGACGGCAUUGACGGCUCAUUACGGAAAGGCAGUCGCUGGAUGCACAACUACAAAGUGCCCAAAGAUAAAAUUGCGCAUUUUGUUAAAAUGCCAGACAACACAAGAUUUUAAACACAAAAGUAAAUACGAUAACAUUCCCAAAGCAUGGCUCAAAUAGCUGUAAUCAUCUGAGUGUUGGAAAUGCACCCACAAAAACGGAAACGAAAUAGACACCGUCUUCCACCAGAACAGAUUUACAGAUGUAAAUAUAUACAUACGUACACAUCCGUGCGAUGCAAGAAAUAACAACAAAAAGUGUAAUAAUAUUAAAACAAAAA